AUACCAAUAACGAUGUAAGCGGCAAGCGUAAUUGACAACAGGAAAGAUGUCUCAAGCUAGUACGUUAUUUUUCAAUGGGAGCCAGACAAAGACUCCCUACUGGACCAACAAUCCACCCAAUGUUCCUAAAUAUCCGAGCUCACAGGAAAUGUUUCGGUUUGAACAACCAGACAGGUUCACAGUAAAAACAGGAAGAGAUUCCUAUCAGCACUGGACUGACAAAUGGUAUGACUCUGGUAUUCCCACUUUGCGGCGCGAAGAGCUUCCUAAGAUUGCAGACAGACAAGAGCCAUGUUCACAGCCCUGGCAGUACAACCUUGGGACCUCUGCUGUUGAUAAGUGGAACAAGAAGGGCAAAGACUGGCCCAUCCAUCCCAUGUACUCCACCCAGGGCUUGCCCCCAACAGAAACACAGAGAGCCCGAGGAAUGAACAGGUUGACUAUUCCAAGAAAUGACAACUUGUACCCUUUCUCAAACUACAUGACUUCAACAUACAGGCGCCCUGUGUAUUCUGUCAUGGGACCUAUGCAGAGGCAGCCCACGUAUGGUGUUACACAUCAACACAACAGGCACGGGAACAUGCCAUUUGAAGAUUACUAUUAAAUAGAUGCUUAAAAAUGGCAAAAGUGAGAAAACCUCAUUUUGACACUGCUGUAUAACAGUCAAAUACAUGCAAUACAUAGCUGCAUGUUAAUUUAAAAGCCUAAAAAUUAAAAAGAUCAGUAUUCAGAUAAUAAUUUAAUUUCCGAAGUAUAGAUCAAUAUCAUACUUCAUUCUGAAUAAUAUUAUUUCUUUGAAAAUAAUGACUGUAUUGCUAACUUAUCUGCCCGUUUGUUAUUGUUUGUGAUGAAUGAUACUGUUUUUCAUGUUGUUGUAAUAGAAGUUAAAAAUAACCAGAUCAGAUCCUAUCUUGGUUUCACUGUUUCAAAAUUGUUCGUUUUCAUAAAAAAUAAACCAACUCAUCUGUCAGAUAAAAUGUACCGGUAAGCUGUUUCUGUUUCAUUCACUUGUUAAGUGCAAUUUUACCACAGAAAAUGUUUUGACAGUAUAAAAUUUCCUUUGGGUAUUUAAUACUUUACUUUAUUGCUUUUAUUAUCAAUAAAAGAUUUGUAAGUGAUAAGGCCUCAU